ACAACAACCCCUCCUCUCUCUCUCUCUGUCUCUGCAACUACUACGCCAAAAAGAAUUAAACCCCCCUCCCCAACACAACUGCUCGUGCUCUCUCAAUUUCAUAGACAAACCAUGGCGGCGAUCCCUCUCAAGCUUCUCCUCCUUUUCCAGCUGCUUACUUUCUCUCUUCUACUCAGCGCAGACCUCAUCAGCAGCUCCUCCUCCUCUCUCCUCAGCACCCAUUCUGUUGUUGAACCUAGACAUUCACAAGAGUAUUGCGCUAUGUAUGACAUCUGUGGAAAACGCAGCGAUGGAAAACUCCUUAACUGUCCUUUUGCUUCCCCAUCCGUUAAGCCCGAUGAACUCUUUUCUGCCAAAAUCCAAAGCCUUUGCCCGACCAUUAGUGGCAAUGUCUGUUGUACAGAGUCUCAAUUUGACACUUUGAGGUCUCAAGUUCAACAGGCUGUUCCUUUUCUUGUGGGUUGUCCUGCAUGCUUAAGGAACUUCUUAAACUUGUUCUGCGAGCUCUCCUGCUCUCCAAAUCAGUCUCUUUUUAUCAACGUCACUUCUAUUGCUGAGGUGAGUGGGAAUUCGACAGUGGAUGGUAUAGACUAUCACAUAACUGAUACGUUUGGACAAGGUCUUUACGAGUCCUGUAAAGAGGUGAAAUUUGGAACUAUGAACACACGUGCCAUUAACUUUGUUGGUGGUGGUGCCCAAAACUUCAGAGAGUGGUUUACGUUUCUUGGUCAGAAAGCACCACCUGGCGUCCCUGGUUCACCCUAUGCAAUGAACUUCAAAUCGACUACUCCUGAGUCAUCUGUGAUGGUGCCGAUGAACUUAUCUGUUUAUUCAUGUGGUGACACAUCCCUUGGAUGCUCUUGUGGUGAUUGCCCUUCCUCACCAGCGUGCUCAAGUCCCGAACCCCUUCCGCCCCAUGAGGAUAACUCUUGCUCAAUCAGAAUCGGUCCUCUUAAGGUUAGAUGCAUUGAGUUAUCAAUGGCACUUUUAUAUAUUGUGCUGGUGUCUUGCUUCUUCGGAUGGGGUGUGUUAAAUCGAAGAAGAGAUGUAACCAAGCCUGGUGAUAGCGCCGAAGAAGAUGGAAUUACUAGUGAACCCAAGGCACAACGCACACUUGGUGUCAAGGUGCAACGACAUGCUCCUGUUCAGAGAUACUUGGAAAAAUUUUACAGAACAUAUGGGUCAUGGAUUGCUAGAAAUCCUUCUCUUGUUCUUUUCAUUUCGGUGGCUAUUGUUCUUGCUCUCAGUUCAGGUCUCUUUAAGUUUAAGGUGGAAACACGACCAGAAAAGUUGUGGGUAGGUCCUGGAAGCAAAGCAGCAGAAGAGAAAAAGUUUUUUGAUAGCCACCUUUCACCAUUCUACAGAAUCGAGCAGCUUAUCUUGGCCACUGUUCCUGAUCCCAAAAGUGGCAGGGCGCCUAGUAUCGUGACAGAUGAAAAUAUUCUUUUGCUUUUUGACAUACAAGAGAAGGUCGAUCAAAUUCGUGGAAAUUAUACCGGCUCGAAUGUCGUUCUGACUGACAUAUGCUUGAAGCCUUUGGGAGGUGAUUGCGCCACUCAGAGUAUUCUGCAGUAUUUCAAGAUGGACUCCGGAACUUUUGAUGAUUAUGGAGGAAUUGAGCAUGCUAAGUACUGUUUCCAGCAUUACACUUCAUCAGAGAUGUGUUUGAGCGCUUUUAAGGCGCCUGUUGAUCCUAGUGCAGUGUUGGGAGGAUUCUCGGGGAAUAACUAUUCGGAGGCUACUGCGUUUGUUGUAACAUAUCCAGUUAACAAUGCCAUUGGUGAUUCAAGCAAUGAAAGGGCAGUAGCAUGGGAAAAAUCGUUCAUUCAAUUAGCAAAGGAGGAGCUGUUACCUAUGGUGCGAUCCAAGAAUUUGAGUCUUUCAUUUUCAUCCGAAAGCUCAAUAGAGGAAGAGCUGAUAAGAGAAAGCACUGCUGAUGUUAUAACAAUAGCUGCAAGCUAUUUGGUUAUGUUUGUUUACAUUUCCGUUACACUUGGAGAUGCGCCGCAGUUCUCUACUUUUUAUAUUUCAUCGAAGGUUUUGCUCGGUCUUUCGGGGGUUGUGCUUGUCUUGCUUUCUGUACUUGGAUCUGUUGGAUUUUUCAGUGCCCUUGGAGUUAAAUCCACAUUGAUCAUAAUGGAAGUCAUCCCGUUCCUAGUCCUGGCUGUGGAAGGGGACCUGGGUUUCUUGAGAGAUACAUGAAGGAGGUUCAUGCACCCGUUCUUGGACUUUGGGUUGUAAAAAUGGUUGUUGUUGCUGUAUUCUUGGCUUUUGCGCUGGCAAGCAUUGCCAUCAGCCCAAGGCUUGAAACUGGCUUGGAGCAGAAAAUUGUUCUUCCUCGAGACUCUUACCUUCAAGACUAUUUUGACAGUCUGGCAGAGUACCUCAGAGUGGGGCCGCCUUUAUAUUUUGUAGUAAAGGAUUACAAUUACAGCUUGGAAUCAAAGCAUACAAAUCAGUUGUGCUCUAUCAGCCAGUGCAAUUCGAAUUCCCUGUUAAAUGAGAUAUCAAGAGCGUCACAAGCUCCAGAAACAAGUUACAUUGCGAAACCAGCUGCGUCUUGGCUCGAUGAUUUUCUUGGAUGGCUAUCACCAGAGGCUUUUGGCUGUUGUCGGAAGUUCACUAAUAGCAGUUAUUGUCCUCCAGAUGACCAGCCACCUUGCUGCACAGCUGAGGAAGAUAUUUGCAGUUUAGAUGGGAUCUGUAAAGACUGUACUACAUGCUUUCGGCAUUCAGAUUUGGUUCAUGAUCGCCCAUCUACUGCUCAAUUCAGGGAGAAAUUACCCUGGUUUCUUAAUGCUUUGCCAUCGGCUGACUGUGCAAAGGGUGGUCAUGGGGCAUAUACAAAUAGCGUGGAUUUAAAAGGGUAUGAGACCGGUGUUAUACAGGCAUCUGAGUUCCGUACAUACCACACUCCACUUAACACACAAGGUGACUUUGUUAAUGCCCUGCGAGCUGCUCGGGAGUUCAGUUCAAAAAUAUCCAAUUCCUUGAAGAUUGACAUCUUUCCAUAUUCUGUCUUUUACAUUUUUUUUGAGCAAUAUCUGGAUAUCUGGAGAGUAGCUUUGACAAACCUCGCUAUAGCAAUCGGUGCUAUAUUUAUUGUUUGCUUGUUAAUCACUUCCAGUGCUUGGAGUUCGGCCAUCAUUGUCCUUGUAUUAGUGAUGAUACUCUUGGAUCUCAUGGGUAUGAUGGUGAUUCUGGGAAUCCAACUCAAUGCAGUUUCUGUUGUGAAUUUGAUAAUGUCAAUCGGGAUUUCUGUAGAAUUCUGCGUGCACAUAUCACAUGCUUUCCUGAUGAGUAGUGGGAGCAGAGAACAAAGAGCGAGGGAGGCACUGGAAACCAUGGGAGCUUCAGUUUUCAGUGGGAUCACGCUCACAAAACUUGUUGGAGUGAUUGUGCUUUGCUUCGCAAGAUCAGAGAUAUUUGUGGUGUAUUACUUCCAGAUGUACUUGGCACUGGUUAUAAUCGGUUUCUUGCAUGGGCUUGUUUUCUUACCAGAAAAGAAGAAGAUUGAAGUUGAGGGAAACUUGAGUAGAAGGAGGCGAGAUGGAGAGAGCCUUGAACUCCUUCAACAGAGUCCAUCACCACCUGCAGUUUUCGAAGAGAAUGUCCAACUUUCUUGA